GGGGUCAGCCCGCGGGAGAGGUCAGACGCGCUGGCUGUCCGGCACGUGGAGGUCUCCGUUAUUUUCCCGCUCUCGCGGCGUGGGUGGUGAGAGUGGCGCAGCUACUCGUGUUCAUUCCUCGGAAGGUUUGAGUCGUGCGUGCUCCUGUUCGCACGCCUUCCCCCGGCCGCCGGGAUUUGAGCGCCUCCUCUCUCUUUUCCCGCGCGGUUUGCACCUCUAGUCCUCUUAGGAGAAUGGCCACGGCUGAGGUACUGAACAUCGGGAAAAAGCUCUAUGAGGGCAAAACAAAAGAAGUGUAUGAGUUGUUAGAUAACCCAGGAAGAGUCCUCCUACAGUCCAAGGACCAGAUUACAGCAGGAAAUGCAGCUAGAAAGAAUCACCUCGAAGGCAAAGCUGCAAUCUCCAAUAAGAUCACCAGCUGUGUUUUUCAGUUGUUACAGGAAGCCGGUAUCAAAACUGCCUUUACCAGGAAAUUUGGAGAGACUGCUUUCAUUGCACCCCAAUGUGAAAUGAUUCCAAUUGAAUGGGUAUGCCGAAGAAUAGCAACUGGAUCUUUUCUCAAAAGGAACCCUGGUGUACAGGAGGGGUAUAAGUUUAACCCACCAAAAGUGGAGAUGUUCUUCAAGGAUGAUGCCAAUAAUGAUCCUCAGUGGUCUGAGCAGCAACUCCUUGCUGCAAAAUUUUGUUUUGCUGGGCUUGUUAUAGGCCAGACUGAAGUUGACAUCAUGAGUCAUGCCACACAAGCUAUUUUUGAAAUCCUGGAGAAGGCCUGGCUGCCCCAGAACUGUACAUUGGUGGAUAUGAAGAUUGAAUUUGGUGUUGAUGUAACCACCAAAGAGAUUGUUCUUGCUGAUGUUAUCGAUAAUGACUCCUGGAGACUGUGGCCAUCAGGAGAUCGAAGCCAGCAGAAAGAUAAACAGUCUUAUCGUGACCUCAAAGAAGUAACGCCAGAAGGACUCCAGAUGGUAAAGAAAAACUUUGAGUGGGUCGCAGACCGAGUGGAGCUGCUUCUGAAGUCAGACAGUCAGUGCAGGGUUGUAGUGUUGAUGGGUUCAACUUCUGACCUUGGUCACUGUGAGAAAAUUAAGAAGGCUUGUGGAAAUUUCGGGAUUCCAUGUGAACUGCGAGUAACAUCUGCCCAUAAAGGACCAGAUGAGACUUUGAGAAUUAAAGCAGAGUAUGAAGGGGAUGGCACGCCUACUGUAUUUGUCGCAGCGGCAGGCAGAAGCAAUGGUCUGGGCCCAGUGCUGUCUGGUAAUACUGCAUAUCCAGUUAUCAGCUGUCCCCCCAUAACACCAGACUGGGGUGCUCAGGAUGUGUGGUCAUCUCUUCGACUGCCCAGUGGUCUCGGCUGUUCAACUAUACUUUCUCCAGAAGGAUCAGCCCAGUUUGCUGCUCAGAUAUUUGGGUUAAACAACCAUUUGGUGUGGGCCAAACUUCGAGCAAGCAUAUUGAACACUUGGAUAUCCUUAAAGCAAGCUGACAAGAAAAUCAGAGAAUGCAAUUUGUAAAAAAAAAGGCAAUUUAGAUUUUAAGAGAAAAGUUACAUAAUCUUAGUUCAGAUUUUAAAAAAAAAUCAAGCAAAAUGAUUUUACAUCAGAGAAAAGAAUUUAAUUUGCUAGUAAACAAAUGGUUUAUGGGUUGACAAAUUAUCGGUGGAUAUUUUUUAUUAAUAUUUUCAGCUCUACAUAGUGAUGUGUCCCUGUAACCUCAGCACUCCAGAGGCUGAGGCAGCAGAAUCACUAAGUUGAACUAUGUAUUGAGACCCUAUGUUGAAAGACAAAAUGUAGUUAGUCAAAUUGGCAUGACACUGCUAAAUCACAUCUCCCGCUCUGUAUGGUCAGUGUUGGGUAUGUACGUAAUUAUAUGUCUGAAGCAGUGUCUGGUUUAAGAACCAGUAGGGCUCUCUUACAGAGGACCUGAGCUUGGUGCUUAGCAUCUAGUGGAGCGCCUCACCCAGUCACCUUAAACUAGCAAGUUCCAGGCCAUGUGCCUGUAUGGCUUCCUUAUGCAGCUGCUCUAAUACCAUUACCACCCCUCCUAACACGUGCACAAAUAAUUUAAAAUAAUAAACUUUUAAAAGAGUA